UAUUUGGGUGUACUGAGUAAAACCCAUCAGUGCCCACAGAUCCAUUGUGGCAAACAUGGGCAAACCCACCCUGCGACUCUUCACCCCCAGACCCCAGACUUCUCUUGUCUUGCUCCUGAUCGUUAACCCCCAAUGCUGGUACUGUCCAUGUAGUCCCCACCCGGAUAAGAAUCCUGAUAACUUUGUCCUUACCUCACGGAGUAAAGUUUUGCUGGAAUAUGAUUCGCUUGUGUCCAGUCAACCCCUACUCUCCAUGCUUGGAAGUAUUUUGCUUCUUAUUCCUUUUCUCUAAUCGAGCAGAACGAUGAAUGACGAUUAUGCCGUGAUGUCAUGAA